CGGCCAAUAGGAGAACAGCAUUCGGACACGUCAGCACGGCUUUGGGUUUUGUUGGGCUUAAUUUUUUUUAAUCCGAUUUGUUUGAUCAGAGCCCGUUAACUCAUCGUUCUUCGUCGUUUCCUAUCCUCUUCUUCUCUUCUAACUGAAAGUCGAUGACUCUCUCAAGAGGAGCUGCUCGAACUUGGCCUUUGGCUCCUGCACCGAUUGGAAUAGCUUGACGAUCUCUUGUAGCUUCGGAUGAAGCUCUUCGAUCGGUUGAAGGUCGACGGAGAUGAUGAUGAAGCUGAUAAGGGAGGGACGAUAACGGUUGGUAUUUUCUGGAACGUGACGAUCGCUCGGAGGAAAGAGGGGAUUGGCCGGAGAAUUAGGUUUUUGGAUGGAGGAUUAACGGAGGAGAAGAAGGUUCGUUUGAGUGGGAUUAGACGGAGCGAUGAAAGGAAGCAAGAAGAAGACAUGGAUGCGGCCAUAGAAGUCGACUUGAAGCUUCGAGAUAGACGGAGAUGGAUGAAUGUAUAUACCAAAUCAAACCACAAUCCCCAAUUGAGUAAUAAAGCUAUGAAUCUGGCACACCAAGGUUUCAGCUACAUCGAAGCUAAGGAGCUCAAACGGGAGACAUUGGUUUUGAUUACUAUGCGGCGGAACCGGAGAUUCACUUUUUCUCGGCUAUUCCUGAGGAAGAUAGCAUAUCCAAAGAUGAUCUUGAGAAAAAGCUAGAUCCUUCUGUUUUCAAAAUUGGAAGCACACAAGCUGCUAAAAAGAGGUGGGUUGCAAUGGGAAAGCAAGUCUCUAGGAAGGUUCAACAUGUUGAAGAUAAAGUGAAGGAGUCUCUUCUA